AUGGAAAAGUGGAGUUUUCAGGAGGACACCGCGUUGAUUGAUCUCUACGACGUGUACGGCCCCAAAUGGGUAACCAUAUCCCGUAUGUUGGGCAUCAAGUCAGCUCAUCAGUGUGCUGAAAGGUGGCAUAGUGCGCUACGCCCUGGAAUCAAUGAAAGAUCGUUCACUACAUUUGAACAUAAUACGGUUAGACGGCUGUACGGUGUCUAUGGCCCCAGAUGGGCUAGGAUUUCUUCAGGCCUCCCUGAUCGUACUCGAAACAUGGUAAAAGCUAGCCGGGAGGAGAUGCAGGCGGAAGAAGAACGCAUUCGAGUGCGAAUGUCAAUAACUCGUCUACUAAACUGA